AACACUUCCGAGGGGAGCGGCCUAAGCCGGAGCGCCGGUCUCUGUAGGCCGCACGAGGAUGGCGGGUAGAAGUCUUACUCCCAAGACACCCGGGUUAUCAGUCAGUGCAAGAAAAAUUAAAGAUAAUGCAGCAGACUGGCAUAAUUUAAUAAUGAAGUGGGAGACGCUGAAUGAAAACGGUUUUACCAGUGCUACCAAAAUCGUGAACAUCAAAAUUGCUACACAGUUUAAAGACAAGUUGGAGAUAGAAUGUGAUAACGUUGCCUCCGAUGAUAGAAGCCCGCCACCCGAUUACAAUGUUGAGUUGGAAGAGCACUGCACAGAACUACUCAGGACCUUUGAAAAUAUGACAAAAAUACAUCAGAAAAUGGAAAAGCUGUGUUCAACCACUAAAGGAAUCUGUGACUUGGAAAAAUACCAUCAUGGAGACCACAGGACACCAUUAUUCCACACAUGGCCCACACCCUAUUUCUAUGAAACGUCUGUCAAACUCCUAGAAAUGUACUCAAAAGAACUGAAACUGAAGCAAACUAUUGUCAAGAUUGCACAUACUGCUGACCGAGAUUCCUUAAUGGUCUGCUUGUCAUCAUGGUUGUAUCAGCCUUAUAUUGAACACAGCAGCAGAGUUACGCUAGAAAGUAUGUUGUUGGAAACAGGACACAGAUCACUCUAGCAGGCACUUCAGAACUAUUUGAAAAGCUAACUCCU